AUGUCACAGACCACUUCGAUAAAGCUUUUCGUCUCCAGCAGACCAAACACAGAGCUGAAGACUGCCUUCGCAUCAUACAUCAAUGUUGAGAUCUUGCCCGAAGAUGUUGAGUCUGACGUACAAAUGUUUGUGCGUGAUAACUUGGAGGAACUCCUCUCUGGGAACGAAGAGGAAAUAGACCCUGGUCUACUUGUUAUGGAACUCGCCACGCGAGCUGGUGGCAUGUUUCUCUGGGCUGUAUGUCAGGUCCAAUACCUGUCGCGUAUUAGGACCACCAUCACCCCGGAUCUCAUCGCAACACUACCACCAGCACUCGAGAGUAUCUUCGAGAACGUACUCAUGACGCUCGAAGACAAGGACCGGAAGAUGACUCUCCGCAUAUUGCAACUGGUCAUGUUUGCAAUGAGACCCUUAGAUCUCUCCGAAAUUGACGAGGCCAUAGCGAUUUCACCCUCCAGCAAAAGUCUAGCCGGGCUGCUUCGCCUGCGCCAGAAAGAUGUCAUACUGGAACUGUGUGGUUGUAUGCUCUCUCAGUCGCCUCGAACCAAGAAGAUCCAGCUUGCACACAGUUCAGUUUACGAAUUUCUCACUCGGAAGACGACUGAGUCCAGUGCGGUCCACGACUAUUUCCACUUCGACGACAUGACUUCGCAUAGAGAGCUCUUUGUGACUUGCGUUCGGUACCUCAGCAUGAAAGAUUUCGACUCGGACACAUUUCGGGAGACAUUUCGCCUCGCUCAAGAUGGGGGUCACGCCGACUCAGAUCUGCAGGCUUUUGCAAAGGCACCAUUCCUCGAUUAUGCCGUCAGCCACCUCAUUUCUCACAUGAAGAAAAUCGAACUUGCGAAUGAUUCCGAUAACCGCGGUUGUAUGGGUUUAGCCGAGAAGGUCUUCUUUGAAGAUAGCUCCACGUUUAUGUCUUGGCUCUUGGUCUUUGGCUUGGGUCCUGAUCAGUACGGCCUCAAAGCACAAACCUUAGACGGCAGAAAUGUGCUGCAUCUCGCACUAGAGAAUCAGCAGUGGGAGAUCGUUGACGCAAUUCUGCGUCUGGGGUUGGGAGAUCUCCUUAGCGACUUCGAUAAGCAAGGACGCUCUCCUCUGCACGUUGCGGUUGAGCUCGGCAAUACCUUCAUGGUUCAGCGCCUCAUAGAGGGAGGAGCAGACCCCAACCUCGCCAGUCCUCUCAACCAGGGCCGAACUCCAAUCUUCAUGGCUGUAGAAAACAAGUGGGAUGAGCUCACCGAGUAUCUCUCAGGCAAAGCCAAUCUAGAUAUUUGCCUGGACGAUGGACGCUCGCUCCACCACGUAGCCGCGCAGUCUGGAAGCCCCGAAUGGAUCACCGCGUUAGAGGGUAGUCAUGGAGACAGUACAACGACGCCGAGCCCUGCCAACCGUGUCGGUAGCGUAAGACGCGACGAUAACGGCUGGACACCUCUCCAUUACGCGGCAGAUCUUGGGCAUACAGACAUUAUUCCCAGGCUCAUGGCCAGUGGAUAUGCGGCUAAUGAGGUGGACAAGAACGGUUGGACUCCCUCUUCGACCACGGAAGCUUUGCGACAUCGAGCCUUGUCACCACUUUAUGUGGCCGUUGCAGAUGCAUACACGGAAGGCGUCGAACUCCUCGUCAAGCAUCGAGCCAAGCUUCCGGCCUGGGGCCUGACGGAGGAGGAAAAGGCCAAGUGUCUUAAAGUGGCGCUCGAAAUAUCCAAUACUUCCAUUGUCAUGCCUCUUCUCGAGCUCUUUGGGGAGGAGAACAUUUGGGAUGCCAUACCGCAGUUGAUUGCAACAGGAAACGACGAAAUCAUUGGCAAAGUCAAGGCCCGUAUCUCAGAAGAAACGGCUUACAAAGUGCUGAUUGGAAAGGGCCUGCACACCAAACAAAUCGAGAUGGUUAGCUUCGUCCUGACGACGUGGCCGAAGCCCUUCGCGGAUUUGGCUGUAUUGGCAGUUGAACUUUGCGCUGCUAGUAUGCCGAAUCAGGACACAGCGACCUCUGAACUGCUUGAAACCAUGGUCGAAAAGUACGUUGCUGAUUUCAUCCGUGACACCGAUCAAGCCGCACAAGACGGGAAACAGUCAUCGCUCCUGACACAAGCUCUGGAGGGGAGACAUUUGAGGGCUGCGACAGUACUCAUCGACAGGGGCGCCGAUCUGCAUGUUCGAAAUAGAGAAGGCGAAACCCCGUUGCUCUCUCUACCGCGUGUCAUACCCGCAUAUGCGAGCGAAGCCCACAACACUCGAUACCUUAACCUAGCCGACCGAAUGGUGAUUCAAGGCUGUGAUGUUAGCAUGACCGAUCUGAAAGGGCAAAAUCUCUGCCACAAAGCAGCCACGCAGGGUAAUGCCAAACUGAUGGAAUGGGCUCUGAAGAAAGGUGUAGCGCCCACCAGUCGCACCAUUCAUGCAAGGACACCUCUCGCCCUUGCAGUUGAGACAGGCUCAGCGGACUGUGUACGGACGAUCCUAGACUUCCUCAGGACCGACGACAGCGCAGGCGCAACAACCUUAUCCACGGGCCUAGGCCGUGUCGUCGAUCUUAUGGACUAUGGGAAAAUGAGAACUUCACCACUCCUCAGAGCCUCGGUUGACCGUCCCGAACGCAAGUUGUCAAUUCUGGCACUACUCGUCGAAGCUGACGAAAGAGCAUUCUCCGCGCUAGACCCGAGCCUUCAGUGUGACGUGGAAGGUCUCCGUGCUUCGCUCUACACAGAGGCGCUCUGCUGGACCAUUGACUGCCGUUUUCCACAGGGCUUCGAGCUCCUCCUGCCAAGGAUCUCAACAUUUACCGCGCUUUGUCGGCGCAGCAUUGACGGCGAAACAGUUCUGCACGGUGCGGUGCGCGCCAGUGACGACGACUUUCUGAAGACGCUUUUGCAGAAGGUUGAGGCUUUGGGGGAGCAAGAGAAGAUCGCAGAGGUUGUCAACCUUCACGACACGCAGAAAAGGACGCCACUGUUGCUUGCCGUCGAAGCACGGUCUCUGGAGAAAGUGGCUGCGUUGUUGCGCGCUGGCGCAAGAUCGGACCAGGCCAUGAUUGACUCGACGACGGAUCCAGCUAUUGCGACGAUACUGAAGAGGUAUUGCGUUGAGCUGUGA